CACAAGGAGGGAGUGGAUAAAUGUGAGGGAAUUACAGAGGGAGAAUUGACAGGCCUUGAUGACAGAUUUGACAGAGGAAGUGAAGGAGAGCGAAGAGUCAGGGCAACUUUGAAGUUUCCAGAUUGGGGAUUAGACGUUUGCUGAUGCCUUUGAUAAAGACAAAAGAUGUGUUGAUGUUGAAUAUUUGAGUGUGAGGGGCUUGUGAGAUGUUCCCAGAGGAUAUGUUGAGGAGGUAGCCUGUACUGGACAUCUGGAGCUCCAGAGAGAGGGCUGGCCCACAGGGGGCACUCGGGAGUUGGGGUGUUGGGGGAGCGCUCCAUGCUCCGUGGGGGUGGGGUGGAUAAUGAGGGGAAGCAGGGUCCGGUCCUCCAGUGAGGAGGCAAAAAUAGGAAGAAUCAGUGAGGGAGACAAAGGAGCAGCCGUCUGGAAGGGGCGAGUGAAACAGCCGCCUGGGAGGGGCCGGGGAGGACAACGAGAAGAAGACGCCUUCUUUGGCAGUGAGGAGGUAGCUGGAGCCUGCGGUCCUCGCGAGGCGGUGGGCGCGGAGCGGAGGCCGGAUCCCAGAGGCUGCAUCCUCCCGUCGCUUUUGGCAGCCACCCGCCUCCCAGGAACAUCCUGCUUCCCACCAGCUCCCCAACAAGCAAAAAAAUGAUGUCUGCUGGCCGGCUGCGGGGCAGUGGGCCAGGGCGUGUGAACGCGGUGCAAGCUGGUCAGCACCCUGGAGAGCGGCCGGGGGCGGGGCCUGCGGUGGGCGGGGCUUCGCCGUAAUCUCACGGGGCCUUUGAUUCCUGCACUGGCUGGUUUUGCAGGCCGGUUCGAGGUGGAGGAGUGAAGAGCAGGCCUGGACAGUCUCAGGCCUUCUCUCUUUUCGGCACCUGCCCCCUCCCGACACUGCCUUGCAGGAACCCUACCCCAGCAUUUGGGGCUGUUAACUCCCUUGGCGCCAUCAAUUCAGUCUCUUUAGGGGAGGGAAGGGGAGAGUGCACUAUGCACCAGGAACUUUACGGACAUUACCCAAACCUCACAACUCUUUGAGUUUGGAGUUUGCACCCAUCUUUCAGAUGAGAACACUGAAUUGAAGUUCAGAGAGGUGAAAUAACUUGCCCAGAGCACAUGGCAGAGCUGGGAUUUGAACUUACACCUGCCUGGCUCUAAGUCCUGGAGUGCGCAUAGUCCUGCAUCUUGCACCUCAUUCCUACAGACUCCUUACUUCCGGGGCAACUGUAGAGGCUGGUGUGGCAGUGGGGUGGGCAGGAGGCCCUGCCUCCCCGCCUGACUUGCUUGAGCAUAAUCCUGGGAGAUUUUUGAAGAUGAGACCUCUACCAUCAUUUCCAGAGCAGGAGAGGAGAAAGAAGGCUGAGAGGCAAGUAAGGCCUCAAUGCACCUGCUCCCCUCCACACCCAGGAGGCACCCUCCUUUGAAUCCUCUGACUCAGCUUCUGACCGCCAGGCUCCUCAGGGCAUGAAAGGGAGCUGUGAAAGGCCAAAACUGGACGUGGUCCAGGGCCUUGGCUUUCUGAGCCCGUAGAAUGCCUUCCUAGCUAGCAGGCAUGGAGGGGCAAGGUCCUAGGCAUGGGCCAGGUUGAGGAAACAGUUUGCCCAGAGCUUUCAGAGAUCUAAAAUUCCACCUUCUGAGGCCACAGUGGGAAGCAAAGCCUCCCUCACAUUUUCUUUCCUAACGCUUCCUAAGUCACAGACAACUGCUUUCUGUAGCCCUCGGCCUGGGCAGGCCUCCUGCACAAGCUCGGUCAUUCCUGUCCACCCCCAUCCCUGGACGCACCCACACCCCUCAGCAGGGUCAGGUUUCCACUCAGCCUCGUGGGCUUUUCUGCCUGGAGCUCGGUGUGUGCGGCAGGGGUUACUCCCCGUCACAGCUCAGAGAGCUGGGGUUACUGGUGAGGGUUAUGUGUAGCUCGUCUAUCCUGGAAUACACCCCCUUUUCCUGGGGCCCCCUCUUUGCCUUAAAAAACCCAGCUGACAUCCUCUCUUCUGGAAAUGCUUGCCAACCACUGGGCUCCCUCUGGGCACCACAGACCCUGUGCUCCCCUCUGUCACACAGCAAGUACCCCCUUCCCCUUGCCUGGGUGCUGUUCCCAGGCAAGUCACCGUUGAGUCAUAUCUGAUGAAGUUGGCCAGUGGUAGGUGUUCCUGAAUGAAUGAUUGAAUGAAUGAGGAAGUUAGUGGUGGGACCAGGACUUGAACCCCCAUCUCCUGCCUCCAGGUGUGGAGCUUUCUCUCCUCUGUCCAACAGGAGCUUUGCUGAGGCAGUUCCCUACCUGUCCCAUUGCCUAAAAUGCCCCUAUUCCAUUAGGUUAACGCUUCCUCCUCAGGAGUCAGGAGUCUGUCUGCCCUCAGGGACAUGGCAGAGGUGAAGCAGGCCCUCCCCUAUGCCUAUAGUCUGUGGACAGUGAAGCCAUGUGGGGCGUGUUGUGGCCUGGGUGCCACAACUCCUAGUAGAAUUCCAUGCUCAUGCAUCAGCUCCCACAGUGUCCGAGCUAAAUAGAGCCCCCAAGAGGUGGACUCUGUGAUGAGGCUUUGAGUCCAAAGACCAUCAGCAAAAGCCCCCUGAGCCUCCUGUGUACCCAGCUCCAUGCUGAGGAUGCACCCUAGGACAUGAUACAAUCCCAGCAAGGGAAGCCAGAGAAUCCAGUUCUGCCAGGAAGCCCUGUGGCGCUUCCAUACUUGAGGAGGGCAUGGGGGUGUCGCCUUGCCCUGAGGGUCUGGGUUCUGUCUACCUGCCCCUCAUACCUAGAUCCCAUCCUAGCUCACAAGCAUUGAAAAUGCCUCAAAAUCCCUUAUCCUCACAUUUCUCUCUUUGGGAUCCUCCAUCAGCUUUCUCUCUCUCUCUCUCUCUCUCUCUCUCUCUCUCUCUCUCUCUCUCUCUCCAUUUCCAUGUCUUUUUCCCCCCCGUCUUUGUUCCUCUGUGUGUGUGUUUUCCCUAUAACUCUGAUCUUUUGUAUUUCCAACUUGAUCUCUAUGGGGCUUUGAUCCCUCGCUCCUCUCCUUCAUGUGUUUCUCUACCCCUUCCUGUCUCUGUUUCUCUCAGUCUCUCCCUCUGUGUGUGAGUCUUUCUUUUCCUCUCUCCCAGCCGGAGCCUCCAUCUACCCCUCCCUCCCUCUCUCCCUCUGUCUGGGCCUCUCUGUUCCUCCUCCCUCCUCCCUCCCCUUUCUGCAUUACCAGACCUGCUCCAACCUCCUCCCAGAGUAAGCCUAGCGGCAGAGGCAGUGGCAGCCGGAGAAGCAGGAGCAGCCAGGGCAGCAGGGCUGGAUUGGGGUGUUGAGUCCCGGCUGAGCCGGGGACAGGCCGCUGCUCUCGGUCCCCGUGCCUGCUGGGCCAGGCGCCCUGCCUGGAACCCCAGGCAGGGUGGACAGGGCGAGGUGCCACUUUAGUCUGGCUGGGGAGGCAGAUGAUGAGGAGCGAUGGGGCAGGCAUGCGGCCACUCCAUCCUCUGCAGGAGCCAGCAGUACCCGGCAGCGCGACCGGCUGAGCCGCGGGGCCAGCAGGUCUUCCUCAAGCCGGACGAGCCGCCGCCGCCGCAGCCAUGCGCCGACAGCCUGCAGGUUGCUUUGCUGAAGUAUUUUAACACAAAUCUCAGACAUGAUGUCAUUUCACCAAAGGUGGAUAUUUUUAAGGAUGCUUUGCUGAGCCUGGGCUCCGUCAUCGACAUUGCAGGCUUGCAAUGGGCUGUCAAAGAGGCCCUGUCAGCUGUGCUGCCCAGAGUGGAGACUGUCUACACCUACCUGCUGGAUGGGGAAUCCCGGCUGGUGUGUGAGGAGCCCCCCCAUGAGCUGCCCCAGGAGGGGAAAGUACGAGAGGCUGUGAUCUCCCGGAAGCGGCUGGGCUGCAAUGGACUGGGCCCCUCGGACAUGCCUGGGAAGCCCUUGGCCAGGCUGGUGGCUCCACUGGCUCCUGACACCCAAGUGCUGGUCAUACCGCUGGUGGACAAGGAGGCCGGGGCUGUGGCAGCAGUCAUCUUGGUGCACUGUGGUCAUCUGAGUGACAGUGAGGAGUGGAGCCUGCAAGCCGUGGAGAAGCAUACCCUGGUGGCCCUGAAGAGGGUCCAGGCCCUGCAGCAGCGCGGGCCCAGCGCGGCCCCGGAAGCGGUCCAGAAUACUCCAGAGGGGGCGGCGGGAGACCAGAAGGGUGGGGUUCCGUACACAGACCAAGACCGAAAGAUCCUGCAGCUUUGCGGGGAACUCUACGACCUGGAUGCCUCUUCCUUGCAGCUCAAAGUCCUCCAAUACCUGCAGCAGGAGACCCAGGCAUCCCGCUGCUGCCUCCUGCUGGUAUCUGAGGACAGUCUCCAGCUUUCCUGUAAGGUGAUUGGAGAUAAAGUGCUGGAGGAAGAAAUCAGCUUUCCGUUGACGAUGGGACGACUGGGCCAGGUGGUGGAAGACAAGAAGUCUAUCCAGCUGAAAGAUCUCACCUCUGAGGAUGUGCAACAGCUACAAAGCAUGUUGGGCUUCGAGGUGCAGGCCAUGCUCUGUAUCCCUGUCAUCAGCCGGGCCACUGACCAGGUGGUGGCCUUGGCCUGCACCUUCAACAAGCUCGGAGGAGACUUAUUCACAGACCAGGAUGAGCGUGUGAUCCAGCACUGCUUUCACUACACCAGCACGGUCCUCACCAGCACCCUGGCCUUCCAGAAGGAGCAGAAGCUCAAGUGUGAGUGCCAGGCUCUUCUCCAAGUGGCAAAGAACCUCUUCACUCACCUGGAUGACGUCUCUGUGCUGCUCCAGGAGAUCAUCACAGAGGCCAGAAACCUCAGCAAUGCUGAGAUAUGCUCUGUGUUCCUGCUGGAUCAGAACGAGCUGGUGGCCAAGGUGUUCGAUGGGGGCGUGGUGGAUGAUGAGAGCUAUGAGAUCCGCAUCCCGGCCGACCAGGGCAUCGCGGGCCACGUGGCGACCACGGGCCAGAUUCUGAACAUCCCGGACGCGUAUGCACACCCACUUUUCUACCGCGGUGUGGACGACAGCACCGGCUUCCGGACGCGCAACAUUCUCUGCUUUCCCAUCAAGAACGAGAACAAGGAGGUCAUCGGUGUGGCCGAGCUGGUAAAUAAGAUCAACGGACCAUGGUUCAGCAAGUUUGACGAGGAUCUGGCGACAGCCUUCUCCAUCUACUGUGGCAUCAGCAUCGCACAUUCCCUCCUAUACAAGAAAGUGAAUGAGGCCCAGUAUCGCAGCCACCUAGCCAACGAGAUGAUGAUGUACCACAUGAAGGUCUCUGAUGAUGAAUACACCAAACUUCUCCAUGAUGGGAUCCAGCCCGUGGCUGCCAUUGACUCCAAUUUUGCCUGUUUCACCUACACUCCUCGCUCUCUGCCCGAGGAUGACACCUCCAUGGCCAUCCUCAGCAUGCUGCAGGACAUGAAUUUCAUCAAUAACUACAAAAUUGACUGCCCGACGCUGGCCCGGUUCUGUUUGAUGGUGAAGAAGGGCUACCGGGAUCCACCCUACCACAACUGGAUGCACGCCUUUUCUGUCUCCCACUUCUGCUACCUGCUCUACAAGAACCUGGAGCUCGCCAACUACCUCGAGGACAUGGAGAUCUUUGCCUUGUUUAUUUCCUGCAUGUGUCACGACCUGGACCACAGAGGCACAAACAACUCCUUCCAGGUGGCCUCGAAAUCUGUGCUGGCCGCGCUCUACAGCUCAGAAGGUUCUGUCAUGGAGAGGCACCACUUCGCUCAGGCCAUCGCUAUCCUCAACACCCACGGUUGCAACAUCUUUGACCACUUCUCCCGGAAGGACUAUCAGCGCAUGCUGGACCUGAUGCGGGACAUCAUCUUGGCCACAGACCUGGCCCACCACCUCCGCAUCUUCAAGGAUCUCCAAAAGAUGGCCGAAGUGGGCUAUGACCGAACCAACAAGCAGCAUCACAGCCUCCUUCUCUGCCUCCUUAUGACCUCCUGUGACCUCUCUGACCAGACCAAGGGCUGGAAGACAACGAGGAAGAUUGCAGAGCUGAUCUACAAAGAGUUCUUUUCCCAAGGAGACUUGGAGAAGGCCAUGGGCAACAGGCCAAUGGAGAUGAUGGACCGUGAGAAGGCCUACAUCCCCGAGCUGCAGAUCAGCUUCAUGGAGCACAUCGCAAUGCCCAUCUACAAGCUGCUGCAGGACCUGUUCCCCAAAGCAGCAGAGCUGUAUGAACGUGUGGCCUCUAAUCGUGAGCACUGGACCAAAGUGUCGCACAAGUUCACCAUCCGCGGCCUCCCAAGCAACAACUCGCUGGACUUCCUGGACGAGGAGUACGAGGUGCCUGACCUGGAUGGUGCUGGGGCCCCCAUCAAUGGCUGUUGCAGCCUCGAUGCUGAGUGAGUCCCUCCUGGGACUCCUCUUCACCCAGGCCUCCUCCCACAACUCUCCACUGGCCUGGCCACAUGCCCUGGGACCAGAGCCACGGGUCCUGGAUUCUAGACCAGGACUUCCCAUGUGACCCCGGGCAAGGCCGACCUUCCACGGCCUCAGCUUUCUCGUCUGUAUAAUGGAAGACUUCCAGCCUCACCAGGACUUUAUUUGUCCUCUGAGAGCACAGGGAUGACAAUGAACAGUGCGCCCUGCUCUGCACCUCUGACCACACCUUGGCAAGUGCCCCCCCUCAGGCCACUCUUCCGAGGCAGCCUGGAUGGUUUCUCCUGGGCCCCAUUUCUGCCCCACCAGAUCUGUGCCCUUUUCCUCUGAGGACACCCCCUGCCCCUCAGAAUCCUCACGCAAGAAGGUGAGACAUCUGAGUGGGCAGAGUGUGGGUCUUAGAGACAGUCAUCAGCUUGGCUGGAGGACUAGAAAUAGCGAUGGGGCCACAGGUGGCCCUGAGGACUGCCACUGUACUUAUAGUGGAGACUGGGACCUGGGGAGAUGAAGGGGUCCCAUAAGGAAGCUGCCGGGGGGCAGCUCAGUGCUCUGGGAGAGGGGGCUCAGGAAGAAAGCAGGAUAAGAACAGUGGGCAGGAAGGAUCCCUGGGCUGGGAGGCAGGCCCAUCAUGGGUCAGCAGUGCUUCAUCCUGGCUGUCCCUGGGCAAGUCCCUUCCCCUAUCUGGAUGAAACAGGAGGGUGAGACAAUCCAUUCUCUAAGACCCCUUUUAGAUCAAAGUCCCCAUAGCUCUGUGGAGUCCCAGGAGAGGCCAUGGAGUGUCCCUGGACCCCUGGGGCAGAGAGCCGACACUGAGUCCCUCUGUGGCCCCCUGAGUGCACCCCCUUAGCCCGAGCCCCUCCUGCAUUCCUGCAGCCAGAGGGGAACCUGGCCUCAGCCCUGGUAGGGCUUGUCUCCUCUUCAAGGCCAUAUCCACCUGUGCCCCGGGGCUAGGGAGACCCAAUAGGGCUGGGCCUCUGGGGUCAUCCCGGCUGCAGGUUCCUCCUUUCUCUGUUUUGUUCAGUACAGUGUUGUGGGCUGGGGGGAGGGGGCCACCUGCCUUACCUAUUCUGAGCUGCCUUUAGAGAGAUGCGUUUUUCUAGGACUCUGUGCAACUGUUGUAUAUGGUCCUGUGGGCUGACGGCUUUGUACAUGAGAAUAAAUCUAUUUCUUUCUACCAA